AUGGCGAACCAACUCAACCAACGCGCUGAAGCGGCUGCCGCGCGGGAAGCCGGUCCGUUGCGGCCGUUGACCUCGGCCUCCAGGGAGAUUGUCCGAUUUACCCGUCGCAAGCCAGUGGGAGCUAUCGGCGGUUUGUUGGUUCUCCUGUUGGUGAUCGUCGCGGUACUGGCUCCGGUGCUCGCACCUUACGGCCCGCGGUCGUUGCCCGACAGCCACGAGGGCGGUUCCACCGUUUACCUCCCGCCAAAUUCCCAGUUUCUCCUGGGAACCGACCAUGUGGGCCGUGACGUGCUCAGCCGCCUCAUCUACGGAGCGCGCAACAGCUUGUACGUCGGGCUCGGCAGCGUAUUGAUCGGCAUCACCGCGAGCUUCAUCAUCGGCGUCGCCCUGGCCUACGCCGGUGGGAUCACCGACAUGACGGCCCAGCGACUCGUUGACGCCCUAAUGGCGCUGCCUGGUCUUAUCAUCGCCCUGGCAAUCGUGGCCGUGCUGGGAUCGUCGCUGAACAAUGUCAUCCUCGCCAUUGUCGUCGGGAUGAUUGCUCCGGUGAUACGCACCGUGAGGUCCCAGGUGCUCUCGCUAAAAGAGCUGGACUACGUGACGGCGGCACAGGCAAUCGGUGCGCCCCCCUGGCGCAUCGUGUUCCGGCACAUCGUCCCCAAUUGCUUCGCGAUUUACCUGGUGUUGGCCACCUACUACCUGGGCUUCGCCAUCAUCAUCGAAGCGUCCCUGUCCUUCCUGGGCGUCGGCGCGCCCCCCGACCAGCCCAGCUGGGGCGGUAUGCUGACCCGCGCGGCGCAGGAACACGUCAAGACCGCGCCAUGGGUGGGAAUCUUCCCGGGCGUGGCAAUUUUCGUGGUUGUCAUGGGCUUCAACAUCCUGGGUGACGCCUUGCGUGACGUUUUGGAUCCUCGCCUGCGCGGACGCUGA